UAGUCAAUGCAUAAUAUGCGGUCGCUCGCUCUCCUUGAAUCUGAGGAAGUCUCCAGCAAAGACUGCUUGAGACGUGCCUGCGCACAUAAGACGCGUAAAGGGCAGCGCGACUGGAACGAGGGUGCUCGCUUAUUUUUAACUCCGACACGAGACGUCGCCCCAGACUGCCGUAUAAAACGGGAAAGCGGUUCGGUGAAGGGCACGGGCCGAGGGCUAGGGCACGAGCAACAGGGCACCAUCAUGUCGGGUACGAAGGACACUCAAGUUGUUUCUUUCCUAAAGGACUUUAUCGCCGGUGGAGUGGCCGCCGCCAUUUCCAAAACCAGCGUAGCUCCCAUCGAGCGAGUCAAGCUGCUGCUUCAAGUGCAACAUGUUUCCAAGCAGAUUACCGCGGACAAGCAGUACAAGGGAAUGGUCGACUGCUUCGUCCGCAUCCCAAAAGAACAAGGCUUCCUCAGUUUUUGGCGAGGCAACUUGGCCAAUGUCAUCCGAUACUUCCCUACUCAGGCCCUCAACUUUGCCUUCAAAGACAAGUACAAGCAGAUCUUCCUUGGAGGAGUAGACAAAAGGACCCAGUUCUGGCGUUACUUCUUGGGCAAUCUGGCCUCCGGUGGUGCAGCAGGAGCCACAUCUCUCUGCUUUGUCUACCCCCUUGACUUUGCCCGAACGCGGUUGGCUGCCGACAUAGGCAAAGGCGGCAAAGCUUCUGGACAGCGAGAGUUCACCGGCUUGGGUAACUGCCUCACAAAGAUCUUCAAGUCUGACGGCGCAGUCGGUCUUUACCGAGGAUUCGGCGUGUCCGUCCAGGGCAUCAUCAUCUACAGGGCGGCCUACUUCGGCUUCUUCGAUACAGCUAAGGGCAUGCUGCCAGACCCGAAGAACACUCCGCUCGUCAUCUCAUGGAUGAUCGCUCAGACCGUGACAACGGUCGCCGGUAUCAUAUCCUACCCCUUCGACACAGUUAGACGACGUAUGAUGAUGCAGAGCGGCCGUUCUGCUGCCGAGAGGCAGUACAAGAACACAAUGCACUGCUGGGGCAAAAUUUACAAGACCGAAGGCGGCGCCGCCUUCUUCAAGGGAGCCUUUUCCAACAUCCUCCGUGGCACUGGUGGUGCCCUGGUACUUGUGCUGUACGACGAGAUCAAGUCCUUUAUUUUUUAAGCCGUUGGCGGGAAGCACAUUUCUGUAGCAUCAAUUAUGCAAGCUCUAGGGAUCAUGUAGCAGGUCAACGAGACGGUCGACUGCUUCAGUAUCGCUGGUCAUCUGAACCGCAGAACGCCUUGUGAUGGAACUGCGAAGCCACGAGUAACAAUAUUUGCAGUGACACAGUAGGGUUUGACAAACACUUCCAUGAAGAUUCAUGGACUCAAAUGAGAGCACAGUCUGUACGGGACCUCCAGGCCGGUUUAGUCCUGUAAGAUUCUCGUACGGACUAUACAAAAACUGCUUUCGGCCGAGUAGUUUCCCUGAUAGGUGUUAUGAGUUCCAGAUGGCCUUUCGAUCGUUGGACGUAAACGAAAUGCAUUAUCGACAUCAUAUAGUCGAACACAUAUCUGUCGUAUCGAGAUGGAAACGAGAUAUCAUCGAGUUUAUCACGCACGAGCGGACCACGAAAGAAAGAGGUGGGGGAGGGGAUAAAAAUGCUGCUUCCUAUACGAUGUGUUUGGGAGAUUGCGUGCCAGUACGAGACGCGGAAGCGGUCUCUAGCCACGGCCCGUCGUCACUCGGCGAUGCACAUCGUUUUCUGGCCGAGUCUCUCUUAGCGUGCUAGACAUGUGUCAGGGAAGCAACUUCCGAAAAUAAAGGAAAAGCAAUUCUUUAGUAGAAACUGGG